AUGAAUGUAAUUGCCAAUAAGAAUGCUGGACAAGAAAAUGAUAUUUAUCAGAAUGUUAUGGAAAAUUAUGAUGAAAAUGAGCCUGAUCUUUCCCAAGAAGAAUGCUGGGCUGUGAUUUCAGCCUUUUUUGAGUAUCGUGGAAUUGUCCGGCAACAAUUGGCCUCUUAUGAUCAUUUUGUAGAUUACGAUGUGCAUGAUAUCGUAGAGGCAAAUCAUGAAGUUAUCUUACAACAUGUCGAAGAUCGAAAUGAUCUAGAAGCUCAAAUUGUAAAUAAUAAUUUAGUUCUUUGGAAUAUGUUCAUGGAAUUUAUGAUGUUUUAUUUUUCAAAGUGGAAUUUUGUGUCCAUGAGCAAUAUUAAGGAAAGGCGAAUCAGGAUAACUUUUUCAAAUCCUGCUGUUUCCGUAGCAACUCAUACCGAAGCUGACGGAUCUGUUAAUAGGAUAUGGCCGCAUGAAGCGCGUUUGAGGAAUCUAACUUACUCUUGUCCAGUUUAUGUUGAUGUAAGUUGUGGAACUGCUGUCGUUCCUUGGAAUGAAGCAACAUCUAGCACGUUCCAUGAAUUAUGUGAUGCGAACGAGACUAUUCCCGUAAUGAUUCGAUCCAAACAUUGUAACUUAUACGAAAAAACUGACUAUGAAAUAACCAGUUUACAAGAAUGCCCAUAUGAUCAGGGUGGUUAUUUCAUUAUCAAUGGUUCAGAAAAAGUAUUGAUCGCUCAAGAAAGAUUAGCAGAUAACUGCCUUUUUGUUUUCAAGACACCAACACCUUCGAUCCAUACACAUACUGCUGAAAUAAAAAGCACCAAUGAAAAGGGUGAUGUAAGAACAGUGCAACUUUUAUUGAUGGAGAGAUCUGGUGAAAUUGGGAUUACUGGCCAUUUUAUACACGCAAGGAUACCUUUUGUCAAGAAAGAAAUUCCGAUAAAAAUUCUUUUUUUCGCACUUGGUGUUACCAAUGAACAGGACAUUAUGUCUCGCAUCUGUCUUGGUGUACGUAACCAUGAGUUAGAAGAAGCGGUGAAAACUUGUUUUGAAGAAGCAUUUGCAGUCCAAUCUCGAACUGUGGCUUUGGAUUAUAUUGGUCGUCGAGCGAGUCCAUCUGGUGUCGGCCAAGAAAGGCGAAUAGAACACGCCAAAUUGCUUAUGCAAAAGGAAUUUCUCCCUCAUGUUGGGACAGAGCCCGGAAGCUUAAAACGAAAGUCCUAUUAUUUAGGUUAUAUGGUACAUAGGCUUUUACUUUGCGCUGUUGGAAGCCGACAAUUAGAUGAUCGUGACCAUUUAGGAAAAAAGAGACUAGAUACAGCUGGUACUCUUUUACGUAAUUUAUUCUCAAAUGUUUAUAAAAAAAUGGUUAGGGAGAUGACCGAACAUGUUAAGAAGGUCUUGGCAAACAAACGUGAAUUUAACAUAACCAUGGCUAUUAAACCACAAACGGUAACCAAUGGGUUAAGAUAUUCGAUGGGAACUGGUAAUUGGGGAGACCAGAAAAAAUCGAUGCAGGCUAAAUCUGGUGUUUCCCAAGUAUUGAACCGAUAUUCUUAUUCAUCUACUUUAUCACAUCUCAGAAGAUGCAAUGCUCCAAUUGAUCGUGAUGGUAAAGUUACGAAACCACGUCAGCUUCAUAACACACAUUGGGGAUUCAUAUGUCCCGCUGAAACUCCUGAAGGGCAAGCGUGUGGUCUAAUGAAAAACUUCUCUCUAAUGUCAUAUAUUUCUGUUGGAGAGUCUUCAAAAUUAUUAAUUGAUCAUAUUAAUGAAACUGGCACGUUACAAGCUUUUUCGCAAACUGAUGACAUUCUUCAAGAUAUAUGUACCAAGACAAAAGUCUUAUUAAACGGUAAUUGGAUUGGGGUAACACGUUCUCCUGACGAUAUAGUUAUUUCAUUAAAGGAAGCGAAGAAAGCAUUUUGUGAGGACAUUAGCAUAGUAAAUGACGUUAAUGAUAAGGAAUUAAGAGUAUAUUGUGAUCCUGGACGUGUUUGCAGACCAGUGUUUACAGUUCAAGAUUCUACAUUGGUGAUAACUCAUGAUCACGUACGAAAGCUUGAUCUCACUAGGUCAGAACGAUUAGAGGAUGAUCACAGUGAUUAUCUUAAUUGGGAUCAAGAUCUAGUAGAGGCAAGAAAUAAAUGGACUUACGCAUUUUUGGAUAUGCCACCUCCACCAAUGAAAAAACGCGGGUUAUUUGAAAGAAUGAGGACUACACCAGCCUUCACGGAUAGAUGGACUCAUUGUGAAAUUCAUCCAAGCAUGAUUUUAGGAAUAUGUGCUAGUCUUAUUCCAUUUCCAGAUCAUAACCAGCCAUUAGUAACAACUAAAGUUAUGGAAUUUCUUAAAUUCCGAGAAAUGCCUGCUGGACAAAAUGCUAUAGUCGCUAUUCUUUGUUAUGGAGGAUAUAAUCAAGAAGAUUCGAUUAUUAUGAAUCAAAGUGGUAUAGAUAGAGGAUUGUUUAGAAGUUUUACAUUUAGAAAUUAUCAGGACUCUGAGAAAAGAAUGGGUGUUUUGGCCAUUGAAACUAUUGAAAAACCAGAUCCACAGUAUACAAUCGGUCUAAAACAUGGAAGUUAUCAUAAGCUUGGAGAAGACGGUGUUAUUGUUCCGGGGAUAGCAGUAUCUGGAGGAGACAUUCUAAUUGGGAAAGUAACACCACUCCCACCCGAUGUUGCUAUGCUAGGUCAAAGAUCUGAUACACAGGUUAAUCGUGACAUAUCUACUAUGUUAAGAUAUGCCGAAAUUGGUUAUGUUGAUAAAGUAUUAAUUGGCUCAAAUCAAGAGAACGCAAAAUUCGUAAAAGUUAGAAUUCGAAGUACAAGAAUUCCAGAGAUUGGGGACAAGUUUGCUAGUAGACAUGGGCAAAAGGGUACUAUUGGUAUGACUUAUCGUCAAGAAGACAUGCCUUUCACUCGCGAAGGAAUAAUUCCCGAUGUCAUAAUAAACCCACAUGCCAUUCCAAGUCGAAUGACGAUUGGUCAUUUAAUUGAAUGUUUGAUGGGAAAGCUUUCUGUUUUAACCGGUAACGAAGGUGAUGCAACGCCGUUUACUGAUGUAACAGUUGAAGACCUUUCAAAAAAUUUGAGAGAACAAGUUGCACAAGUCUUUAUUGGUCCAACAUAUUACCAACGUUUGAAGCAUAUGGUGCACGAUAAAGUACAUUCCCGUGCGCGUGGUCCUGUUAAUAUUUUAACUCGUCAACCUGCCGAAGGACGUAAUCGUGAAGGCGGACUACGUUUUGGAGAGAUGGAACGUGAUUGUAUGAUUUCGCAUGGCACUGCGCUGUUCUUAAAGGAACGUUUAUUUGAUGUAUCAGACCCUUUUUAUAUACAUAUAUGCGACAUAUGUGGUCUUCCGGCUAUUGCAAAACCAUCCAAAGGAAUUUAUGAAUGCAAAAUUUGCAAGAAUUCUGUAAUGGUUUCCAAAGUUCAAGUCCCAUAUGCGUGCAAGAUGUUAUUUCAAGAACUUAUGUCUAUGAAUAUUUCUCCGCGUUUGAUGUUGUGUUGA